AUGGCUAGACCAGCAAAGCCCACCAAGGGCCGCGAAGAACAUGUAAACAUGGCCGCUGAAAAGCAAACCCAACUGCUCCACGAGCUUGAAAUGAAGCACCAGCUCGGUGGAAGCCGAUCCGACCUUCUGGUCAAAGAUGAGGAUGUUCGCCGACUGAAACUUCGCAUCCUCAUGCUGCGCGACGAGAACAUCUCCCUCCGCGAUGAGAUCACUCAAAACACCGAUGAGCAUGCCAAACUCGCCGCCAAAUGUGAAGGGCUGAGCUCACAGCUCGAGGCCAAGAUUGAAGUGGUUCGCUUGCAGGAAAAGCAACUACGGAAACAGGAACGCGAGUUCUCCAGUGUAAAGGCUGAACUCCAGCUCAUGAAUAACCUCAGCCAAGACUCAACCAACAUCCUUUCCGAGAAACUAGCUCUGACGCGCGAGCUUGCCGUUCUCAAGCCAGAGCUCGAGCAUCUCAGAUCGCAACUGACACAACAACAAGCCACUCUAGCUGAGAAGCUGGCUUUAGAGCGCCAAGUCAACACGCUGGAAGUCGAACUCGCCAAUGAGAAGAAAGUAAUCAAGCGAGCAAUGCAGAAGCGCGAAAGCAACGACCGUGUCGAAGAUGAGUUGCGGCAGAAGCUUCGUGAGGUAGAGAAGAAUUUGGCUGCUGAGCGAUCACAGCGCGAACGUUUGGAAGACCAGCUUGCACAGGAGAAGCAGACACGUCAGUUAGCCCUGCAAGAUCAGGACAGCAUCCGGGAGCUGGAGUCUGACCUGCGCAAGAAGCUGAAUGACGCACAAAAACAGCUUCGUGAGGAGAGGGAAGACAAGGAAAGACUAGAAGAGGAGCUCCGGGCUGAGAAGCAGUUAGCGAAGAAGGCGUUUAAGAAGCAAGCUUCCAACAGCGACGAGGAGGAGCUGCGCAACAGGCUGGAUGAAGUUGAGAGCAAGCUGGCCGCCGAGCAAAAUGAGAAAGAGAAGGUCCGCAAUCAGGCACAAACCUCCCUUUCCGAGGCAGAAACCCGGAACGACUCGCUGGAGAAGAAACUCGAGAAACUGAAGACCAAGCUGCGGGAGACACAGGAUCAGCUCAAGCAGUGCCAAGCAGAUCUCAAAAAGGCUCAACAGACCAAACCCUCAGUGUCGGAAGAAGUGACCAAAAAGACGGUCGCCGGACGCCAGGUGUUUAAGAAACGCAAGGGUAGCGAAUUCGCCACGGAUGACAUUACUCAGAUCACCAUUGGGACACCCGGCGCUGAGGAAAGACCGCGCCGGGGCGCCAAGAAGCGGUCCUUCGAGACUACGCUGGUUGGGGAGAAAUCGACAUUCUCCAUUACCCCGUUCCUGAACCGCGGGAAGUUGGUUGGCGAGGAGACAGUGAACCCCGAUGAAUCCAUGGAAGACUCAAUACUUGGGCCCUCCGAGACAACCCGAGCGGUCGAGGUCACUACAACCACAGUGCUCACCGCUGCGGCAGAUGACUCUACGAGCUCAAACGUACCGCCGUCAGAAAUUAGCGGAACAGUCUCGCCAGAUGAAGAACAGCCCGCAGCUGAGCCUAAGCCACAGCUGAAGAAGCCUCGCGGCCGACCGAAGAAGGUACUCGGCGACGCGCCAUCAGCAAAGAAGAAUGCCCAGCCAGCCCCCAAGGUGGCACUCAAGAAGAAGACUCCCAAAGCCAGCAGUACCCUGGACAAAGUGACCGAGGAGACCGAGGAGACCGAAGAGAACGAGCCGAAUGAACCGUCGGGUAACGAAGAGAAUAAGAACGAGAAGACGCAAAUGGUCAAAUCCAACUCCACUGCGCCACAGGACGACAACACCGUCUCGGCCACCUCCGCAAAGACCGAGGAGCCCAAGAAGAAGAAGCGCAAGGUGCUAGGCGUGGCCAAGCCGACGCUCUUCGAAGACGAGGAAGUCGAGCCGGCGCAGCCGAUGCGCAAACCAGCGAAAACAGCAGUCAGCGGUGUAAAGCGAGCGGCCCUUGGAGGCAAGGGGACGUCGAAUGCGUUCGUGGGCGGGGCGAGCUUCUCGCCGCUCAAAAAGGACCGUAGAGGGGUUGGAGCUAGCUUUCUUGCAUGCGGGAGAGCGCAGAUUCGCCAAUCCCAAGAAGUAUUUUGGAUGAAGGGGCUGUCGAGGAUAGCGGGUCCUCUCAAUGGAGGGCUCUUGAGAGUUGCCUCAUUCGCUGCUGCGGCUUGCUCAAUUCCCAUACCCGCAACCUACGUACAGGCGCGUUGGUCGUCGUCGAACUCGAGAUGGAAGCAGCGACAGGGCAGCGACUUCUACGCCCGCGAGGCUAAAGUGCAGGGUUUGAAGAGCAGGGCGGCGUUCAAGCUGCUUGAGAUGGAUUCAAAAUACCACUUAUUCAAGAAAGGCCAGACGGUGAUCGACCUUGGAUACGCGCCAGGAAGCUGGUCGCAGGUCGCCCUAGAGCGCACCAAACCCACAGGACGCGUCGUCGGCAUCGACAUCAUCCCCGCGCAGCCACCAAAGGGUGUGUCCACCAUCCAAGGCAACUUCCUGUCUCCCAGCGUGCAAAACCUCGUCAAGGAAUACCUACAUGAAUUUGCAAGUCAGAAGCCGGCCGCCCGCGCCACCGGUUACCGUAUGUCCAAGGAGGACUUUGACGAGAAUGAUGACAUUGCGGCCCUGAUCCGGGAGAAAAGCUACAUCGACACGGAACGCGCCGACUCGGCGCACGAGGAUGAUUGGGGGACUAUGGCGGAGAAGGAUGAGAGAUUGGUAGAUGUGGUGUUGAGCGACAUGUCAGCCCCCUGGAGCCAAACCGCUGGGUUUUCAUGUAACACGUUGAGUAACCCGCAUAUUAGGAUGAUGAACACGAGCGGCAUGAAUGUCCGAGAUCACAUUGGAAGCAUGGACCUCUGUGCGGCCGCUCUUCAAUUCGCCAGCGACACACUAGCCACUGGCGGUCAUUUUGUGGCCAAAUUCUAUCAAGGAUCCGAGGACAAACAGUUUGAGAUGAAGCUCAAAAAGAUGUUUGGAAGGGUGCACCGCGAGAAGCCUGAAUCAUCCCGAACCGAAUCGAGAGAAGCGUACUUUGUGGCGUUGAAAAGAAAAGGAAAUGUCACGCUAGCAGAUAUCGAGAAGUAG